CUAAUCGAGCGCCAUAUGAUGGCAUUUCCAUAUCUUGGAGGAUCAUCGAAGCGGUUCAUAGCCAAGUUCUCUCGUUCCUCCUCAUCGGAGAGGACCUUGACUACUAGUAGUACUACUACUACAAUGAAGGAGGCUAAAGGGUCUAAUUCAAUGGAGGAAAGCUUGAGCGAAAUCAUGGGGAUCAAGAAGAUGUGGAAGAGGAAGGGUCUGUUAGGAGGAAAGAAAGACAAGACCAAGAAAAUGAAGACUGCUGGGCGUUCUGGCAUUUACAGGAGGCUUGGUCUCUGGAGGAAGAAGGAACGCAGUGGUAGGGAUGAGAUGAAGUGAAAAUUAUACAGCGCACCCGGGUGCGCCGCGAAUACGCUCUCUGAGAUGAAGUGGCUGUCUUCAUCACUAGGAGCAGGAGGGAGUAGUCGUUGGGAGCAGCAGACUGAUAACUAUCUGCUUAAACAUAAGAGGGCCAAUGAAAUUGAUUAGUCAGCAAAGAUUAAUUAUAGUACAGCGUCAGCAUCACCAUUAGUCCAUUAACCUUUCUAUGGAUUUUGUGAGCUCACAUCACAACUUGUUCAACUGAUUUGCUGUAUGUUACUUGGAUAUCAUUUUGCACUUGUUGGGUGACUUGUCAAUUAGGAAGCAC